UAUCGGCGGUGGAUUUGAAGCGGGAGUGGGAUUGGGACGAAGGAUAUUCCGUCUACAGGUUCUGUCCGCUUCGGCAGCAAAUGAAGCAGGGGACUGAAACGCCGGAAGGGAAGCUGUAAAUAGUUGGGACUCCGCUGCGUGUGCUUAUUCAUUGAUGCAAUGCUGUUAUAAUAGCGCUUUCCUGCCAAGUAGGCAGGGCGGUUUAGAGUUUGAAAAUACUAAGACAAAGCAAUGCAACAAAAAUGAACAACACAGGGAAACCAUGUCAAACUGGAUGUCAUACUACAGAAAUGAGGGAGAGGAGGAAGAAGAGGAAGAAGAAGCAGCAGCUGAAAUCAUUGGAGAAUAUAAAUAUGGAGGUCGAGACACUUUGCUUUUCUUAGUGGAUGGCUCAACAGCCAUGUUUGAUUCCUUUGAUGAUAGUAAUUUGACCCCUUUUGAUAUGACAAUUCAGUGCAUUCAGAAUGUAUACAAAAACAAGAUCAUCAGCCACGAAAGGGACCUUGUUGGAGUUGUGUUUUAUGGAACUGAGCAGCAUAAAAAUUCAGUGGAUUUUAAACACAUAUAUAUUCUACAGGAUUUGGACAAUCCAGGUGCAAAGCGGGUAUUAGAGUUGGCCAGCUAUGAAGGGGAACAGGGAAGAGCCCUCUUCCAGAAGUCACUUGGCCAUAGUGAUAACUACUCAUUAGGUGAGGCACUCUGGGUUUGCUCUAAUCUCUUCAGUGAUGUCCGUCUCAAGAUGAGCCACAAGAGAAUCAUGCUGUUCACCAAUGAAGAUGACCCUCAUGGUCAAGACAGUACUAAAGCCAAAUUUGCUAGGACUAAAGCUGCUGACCUACGAGAAACAGGUAUUUACCUUGACUUAAUGAACCUAAAGAAGCCUGGAGGGUUUGAUAUUUCCUUAUUCUACAGAGACAUCAUUAAUACAGCAGAUGAUGAGGAUUUAGGAAUCCAGUUUGAUGAGUCUUGCAAAUUGGAGGACCUGAUGAAGAAAGUACGAGCAAAAGAAACACGGAAGCGAGCUUUAAGUAGGCUGAAUUUGUAUUUGGGAAAAGAUGUAACUCUUAUUGUUGGCAUUUUCAACUUAGUCCAGAAGGCUGUCAAGCAGCCUCCAGUGAAACUUUACAGAGAAACUAAUGAGCCACUGAAAACAAAAACACGAACCUUUAACCGAGAGACAGGUAGUUUGCUUCUUCCUAGUGACACCAAGAGGGCUCAGACUUAUGGGAAUCGUCAGAUUGUGCUGGAGAAAGAAGAGACGGAAGAAAUAAAAAGAUUUGAUUCACCAGGCUUGUAUCUAAUUGGGUUUAAACCCUUGGCAAUGCUAAAACAAUAUCACUAUAUCAAGCCUGCACAGUUCAUCUAUCCUGAUGAGUUCUUAAUGAAUGGAAGUACUACUCUGUUUAAUGCCUUGUUAACAAAGUGUAUGGAGAAAGGAGUGAUGGCCAUAUGUAGAUACAUCCCUCGUCAAAACAGCCCUCCCAGGUUUAUAGCCCUGGUCCCACAAAAAGAAGAGCUGGAUGAGCAGAAUGUACAGAUAGUCCCUCCAG